AUGGCAGCGAGUGAGCAGAGCUCGGAGUCUUCGGCGGCGACGACGACGACGUCUUACUCUUCUUGCUCCCCGGCGUCCACGACGUCGUCGCGCUCCCGCGCGGCCGACGGCGGCGGCGGCGCUAAGAGGCAGCAGGUGGGGAAGAGGAAGCGCGACGGCGAGGCGGCGGCGGCGGCGUCGUACCGCGGGGUGAGGAUGCGGGCGUGGGGGAAGUGGGUGUCGGAGAUCAGGGAGCCGAGGAAGAAGUCGCGCAUCUGGCUCGGCACGUUCCCGUGCCCGGAGAUGGCCGCGCGCGCGCACGACGUCGCCGCGCUCAGCAUCAAGGGCGCCCGCGCCGUGCUCAACUUCCCCGACCUCGCGCCGGAGCUCCCGCGCCCGGCCUCCCUCGCCCCGCGCGACGUCCAGGCCGCCGCCGCGCUCGCCGCGGUCAUGCACCACCGCCGCCCCUCCUGCUCCUCCUCCACCUCCACCUCCACCUCCACCUCUCCGGCCACCGCGCCGCCGGCUGCUGUUCAGGCCGACGAGCGCCAUUCACCUCGCGAUGCGCCGCAGCACGCCGAGCCGAGCACGGAGAAUGAGCAGCAGCAGCCGGCGACGGCGGCGGCGCAGGUGGCGGUGGCCGAGCUGGUGUUCGACGAGCUGGCGCCGCUGUGGAUGGAGGACGUGGUGGACUUCGGGCCGUCCGAUCAUUGCUGGACGGCGUACGAUGCGCUUGAUCACGUCGGCUUCCAGCCUCUCCUCUGGGAGUACUAGCCACCACGGCGCCUUCUUGUAAAAGAGCUUCCUUUUCUUUUCCUUUUUGGUUUUGUUUUGUGUGAUUUUUUCCUAGUGCUGCUUAAAAUGUGGCUUGUUAUUUUCUCUCUUUUAAUCUUGGUUUGAGUUGGAUUUGGAGUUGUGAGUUAUGCGAAAAAAACUUAGUUUGAGAUGCAUGCACAUUGUGUUACUGUGAUUGUGAUGAAUGCAGGUCGAGCU